GUUUCUCCUGUUUCAUAAAAAGGAGUAAAAAAACAUUCAGUUUGUUUUUCAAAAUACAAUUAUUGAGAUAUUAAAAAAAAGAAAUAAAAUGGAAAAAGAGAAAAGAUCAUAAAAACUCAAUAUUCGUAAUAACUUUAAAAUAACGAAUCUAAAUUCACAGCAUUAAAAAAACAAUGCAUAAAAAUUUUUUUUUUUUAAAUAACAGUCAGAAGAAAUCGAACAGAAAAACAUAAGAAAAUAUUUUUAACUUUGAACUCAAAACAUGUUGCGUUGUUUUCCUUUGCUGAUCGUCAUAUAUAUAAAACAUACCGUGUGCCGAAAUAAUUCUACAAAUGAGCGCAUAUAUCGCAACUCAACCGGAGAUUUGAUACCUUGGGCGGAAUGCAAGAAUUACGCUGGUGCGGCGAAAUUAAACGAAGCGUUUUGCCAGUGUGUUCGAAAUGGCACCGUGGUUAAGAAGAAGAAUAGCAGCGGUUGUUACGAUGCAGCGCAACUGAUGAGCUUGUAUAACAACAGCUUGUUAUUCUUGGAAAACAUCACUAAGGUAUUCACGGUCACUUCUAAAAACGCAAAGAAAAUAAAGGAAGGUAUCAGCUUGAUAUAUCCUAACGGUACCGCUGUUCAAAACGUUGAUUGUGCCUUGCUCAAUCAAAUAUGCAAUCUUCCAUUAAACAAUACGCAGAAAAAGAAGAUAUUUAACCUAACACAACUCCUUACUAAAGAAAGCAAACGUUACCAUCUUUCUAUUCAUCGUCAUUUUAAAGAGAAUUAUCAAAACUGGCUAUGUGAAGCUCAGCUAACAUGUUCCAAUAGGCGAUGGAGUGUGCUUGUUAAAUUCGAAACAGCAAAAGUUAUAGCUGAAGAACUGGGUAGCCGUUUUAAACAUCGCCCAACUCAAUCAAGUGUUACUAUUGACAAAGAUAAAGAUGGAGAUAAAGAUGGAGAUAAAGAUGGAGAUGAAGAUAAAGAUAGAGAAAAACCAGGAACAAUGACAACAACUCCUGCAUUAACAGAAGGCGAAGAUUCGUCAUCCGAAGAAAGAGUUGAUACAGAGCAAAAUUCAAAGAUUGCAAUCAUUGUAUCGAUAGUAACAGCUUGUACGAUAGCACUGGUCGCAGUGAUAACCAUUGUUUACUUCCAAAUAGCAAGAAAGCGUGGACGCGAUUCAAACCAGCCGACACCAGUGCAGUACCCACCCAACUCGAAAACUAAAUUUUCUUACGGACUUUCAGAUCUGGAAAAGUGGAAUCGUGAUGCGAUGAUCAGGAAGGAAGUUCAACGACACGAACAAAUAAAUCGGGAACGAUAUGUGCGUCCACCGAUUACAACUAACCGACCACUUCCAGUUCCACCACCAUCCGUCCCUCCAUCACAAAAUAAACAAGAUGAUGGAGUUUAUAUUGAUUUCAUUGCAGCGCACGAAAACGAAGGAUUGGAGCUAUAUGAAGAUUUGGAUCAGCUGUAUGUAGAAUGCGAGAAAAUACAACCUGACCCAACAGUAUAAAAACAGGAUCACAAUGCAAGUCUAAAAAACAGGACCAAGAUUCAAGGACAAAGAAACAGAACUGAAAUGCGCGCACAAAAAAACAGGACCACACAAAAACACACACACUAUACCAAACAAAAGCACAAAUAUACAGGACCAAAAUGCAACCACAGGACUAAAUAAAUCAUUGACGAAGUCACCAAUGCUGAAAAGGGCUGGUUUUUACUGUGAACGACGGUUGUUGUGCGGAGCUAUGCAAUUGACCAGAAUCAAAAGACUCGCUAACUUUCAAGUUUCUCGAACCUCAAAAAAGCAUGUUUCUUUUUCCUUACUUGUACCGAUAUGAUUGAAUCCGCAUACACGUAAAUUUUCAA